UUUAUCUUCAAGUUUAUCUUCUUGUAACUAUUGGUUUUGGAAACUAGUAGAUUUUAAAAUAUGUAAUUUUACAAUUCAUUUAAUUUGAUUGAGCUGAUGGAUAUACUGCAAAACAAACCCCAGACUUGUAUUACCCUAAUGGGUGUUAUUUUGCUAUAGUGACUGUAUUAUUCCCUUUAUUAUACUGCUAUUCCCCAAAAUAAAUAAAUACAUGGUAAUAAAAUGGUGAUUUAUGUUUUAAGUAUGUUGCUAUUCCCUGCGUUUUUUUUGUAGAGACAAAGCCAGAGGGCAAAAGCACAGUUAUGUAAGAAAUAUGAUUUUGAUAAACACUGCUAUACAGCUUUGCCACAAACAAACUACCACUAAAUGUCUUGACUUUUUUUAGGGUUUGUUUUUGUUUUGUUUUACUUUGUUUGAGUUAAAUCUAAAGAGAAAUGUUAAUUAUUUUUAUGUCGCAUGAGCUGCUAGAAUGUAGUGUAAACUUAAAAAAAAAAAAACUAAGAAAGAGAUUAAGAUAAAGAUUAAUAAGGAGGAGAUGGAGUUAAUCUAGUUGAGAAAAACAGCAGAAGGCUCGGCGAGCGGUCAGGUUGAACAAACGGCAUAUCUUUUCCCCGCCUUUAACUUCGGCUUUGAGUGAAACUAACCAAUCCGUGCGCACGGACCGCUUGAUUGACAGAUGCAAUGUCCGUAUUAGAGAUCGUAUUCGUGCGGCGCACGGAUUUGCACAGAUUGAAGGCAGAGGUGUCCUGCUUGCUAUGAGUGUGAGCUGUGGUGGUGCAUUUGUCAGUCUGCCCGAGAAACGUAUAGCAACUGGUGUCCAAAAAGCAGUUCUCCCUCACACAAAACACUGUCUGCACGCACGCAACGCUGCUCGAGUAGUUCUGGCGCGAAAGCGUCAGUUUAAUGUUUCCUCUGUGGCGCGGACUCUCUGUCUCCUGUCAAAACGCGGACUUAACGCGCUUUAAAUGUAACUACACCUUCAAAAACACGCCUUGAAUCCUUUCCCGCUAAUAUGCAGUACAUGUCGCUGUUUGCAUCGGAAUAAAAGAGCUCCGCUGUGUUUCUAGUCUAAUGUAGUCGGGUUUGUUAUGUAGGUCAGGCCAGGCUUAAGCAGCUUUACUGAACCUGCGUCAGCUUAAGCUAAAAGGAAUUCCAGCAAAGCCCUCCCCGGGUAGGCGUGGGCCUAAUCGAGGCUGGCCUAGUUAAGCCUGAUUCUUUUUCUUACGUCUGUGUGCUUGAGAGCCAGUUUGUGCAUGUGUGUGUUGUUUAACCGAGACAAGCAGUGCGGCAGCCUGCUCACACAAGUGAGUAGAGAAAGACAGACACACAGAACAGGGAAAAGAAGAGGAGAUCAAACCUAUAGCACUGAGACCAGCCUAAAGGCAGGAUGUCUACCAUAUUCAUGUCAAACAGCAUGGUCGGCAAGGCCCGCUCUUCCAACUUCACCCUGUCUGAGAAACUGGAUCUUCUGCGGCUGGUCCAGCCUCACAUACGCAUUCUGGAAGAGCACACCAACAAGCACGCCGUGAUCGUGGAUAAGAACCGGUGCUGGGACAACAUAGCAGAGCGCUAUAAUAGUUUCGGAGGCGAGAGGCCCCCCAGAACGGCUCAGGGCCUUCGGACCCUCUAUAAGCGACUUAAAGAAAGUGCCAAGCAGGAAGUUCUUCAGCGGAGUCAUGCCCAACCCGAGUACCGGGGCAGCAUCUCUGAGCCAACCAAGCGCAUCAUGGAAAUGAUACCUCAACUGUUUCACGUGGGGGACAAAGAGACGAACGCACUCCACAGGCUUCAGUACAAGAGGAAUUCUCCAGUCGAGCAGCCAGGCAGCAGUUUGUCCCUCCCAGCCUUGUCUGACUAUGCGUCUGUCGCGGCUGUGAGGGUGGAGACUGAGGAUGUGAAACCUCCUCCUGAUAUCCACCUGAUCACAUCCCACAGCUCACCUGUCACCAUCGCCACCCCGAGCAGUCAGGCCCACCACGGACAGAACGAGAGGGACAAUGAAGCAGUGGAAGAGGAGGAAGAUGAGGAGGAGGAAUUGGCCUCCCACGUGUAUGCGGCCUCUCUGUCUCCGUGCCCCUCUUCUGUACACCUGCCACCCUCGCCGUCGGCCCCCGGCCCUAGGAGGAGCGCAUAUCAGAGGGGGAGGGCGAUGUUCAAGAAUCCAGUCUUUGAGGCAGAAGCCCUACAGAUGAUGCGAGAGGAGCAUGAGCUGCUUUUGGCCAAUCACAGAAAGCUUGGACUGUAUCUAGAGGAAAAGAGGGAGGGACUUAAGAGAAAGCAACAACUGGAGGAGGAGCUACUCCGGUCAAGGGUCAAAGUGGAGAAGCUGAGGGCGGCCAGGCUACGCCAAGGAUUGCCGUUGAUGUGACAUGUAUGCAAGUCUGUCACAAAGGGAACUCUGUAAUGUGAAGUUAAAAUGAACAGGCUUGUUUGUACAGUUACUUCUUGUUUUUGUAUUCAACUGACAUUCGUACAAGGAUUGUUCCUGAUGUUUGUAGCAGAAAUUAACGUUUUUUUAAAUGUGUGAAUGCCUGGUUAAAGAAGAAAAUAACAUUUUAUUUUCUAUGUAUUCACUAAUAAAUUCAUAACUGCUUCGAACUCUGCCUUUGAGCCUGUCCUUUUAUUCCUUUUUAUUAGACAGGGACUGUUACAUAGCAACAGCAUUGAACGAGAACCUUCUCAGUCAAGAUGCUUAUGUGGACUUUAUUUGGGUGAUUAUUUGCAGUAUAUAAUUUGCAGUAUAUUGCAGCAUAAACUGCCCUGUUAUUUUUUAGAUUUUUAGGCCAUCACUGUGUUUUGUAUCAACGCUGAUCUUUUGUU